AUGGCGCUCGUCUCCACCACCACCGUCGCCUCCUCGUCGUCCUACUCCUACCACUACGACCACCCGCUCCGCCCGGUGGCCGCCAGGAGCUGGUGCCGCCCGAGGAGCCGCGGCGGGGGCGGGGGCGGGGGCAGGCUGGCGGUGCUGGCGCGGGCGCGGGGCCAGCUGACGACCACGCCCAAGGAGGAGGCCGCCCCGGCGGCGGCGGGGGCGGGGGAGCGGGGCAGGUACUCGUACGAGGUGGACUCGCUGAUCGACCGGCUGAGCAACCUGGCGCCGCGGGGCUCCAUCGCGCGGUGCCUCGAGACGGCCAAGCACCGGCUGACGCUGCAGGACUUCGCCGCGGUGUACCGCGAGUUCUCCCGCCGCGGCGACUGGCAGCGCUCCGUGCGCCUCUUCAAGUACAUGCAGCGCCAGUCCUGGUGCCGCCCCGACGAGCACAUCCACGCCAUCGUCAUCGGCGUGCUCGGCCGCCAGGGCCCGGCCCUCCUCGACAAGUGCCUCGAGGUCUUCCAGGACCUCCCCGCCGACGCCCGCACCGCGCUCUCCUACACCUCCCUCAUCGCCGCCUACGCCCGCAACGCGCUGCACGACGACGCCCGCGCCCUGCUCGACCAGAUGAAGGCCCAGGGGGUCGCCCCCACCGCCGCCACCUACAACACCGUGCUCGCCGCCUGCGCCCGCGCCGCCGACCCGCCCGUCCCCUUCGACAUGCUCCUCGGCCUCUUCGCCGAGAUGCGCCACGACCCUUCCCCGGCCGUGCGCCCCGACCUCACCACCUACAACACGCUCCUCGCCGCUGCCGCCGUGCGCGCCCUCAGCGACCAGUCCGAGAUGCUGCUGCGCACCAUGCUUGAGGCCGGCAUUAUUCCGGACACCGCGUCCUACCGCUACAUCGUGGAUGCCUUUGCCAAUGCCGGCGACCUCUCCCGUGUCGCCGAGCUGUUCCGCGAGAUGGCGGACACAGGGCACACGCCGGACCCCUCCGCGUAUCUCGGGCUCAUGGAGGCUCACACCCGGAUUGGUGCCACCGCUGAAGCUGUGGCCGUGCUGCGGCAAAUGCAGGCUGAUGGCUGUGCGCCCACGGCUGCGACAUACCGUGUCCUGCUCGAUCAGUAUGGAAAACAGGGGAGGUUCGAUGGCGUGCGUGAGCUCUUCCGUGAGAUGAGAACGGCUGUACCUCCAGACACGGCCACCUACAAUGUGCUCUUCAAUGUAUUCGGUGAUGGCGGUUUUUUCAAGGAGGUGGUGGAGCUCUUCCAUGAUAUGCUUCGUACGGGGAUAGAACCUGACAUGGAGACCUGUGAAGGUGUCUUGGCUGCGUGUGGUCAGGGUGGUCUCCAUGAGGAUGCAAGAGAAGUUCUUGACUAUAUAACCAAAGAAGGAAUGGUGCCUACUGCAAAGGCCUACACUGGCCUAAUUGAAGCCCUUGGUCACGCAGCUAUGUAUGAGGAGGCCUAUGUUGCAUUCAACAUGAUGACUGAAAUCGGUAGCUUGCCAACGAUAGAGACCUACAAUUCUCUUGCAAAUGUGUUUGCCAAGGGCGGGCUCUUCCGGGAGGCUGAGUCCGUCUUUUCUCGGAUGACCAACAGUGCUGGCAUUCAGAAAAGCAAAGAUUCAUAUGAUGCCCUCAUCGAAGCGUACUGCCAGGGUUCACAGUUGGAUGACGCAGUGAAGGCAUACAUGGAGAUGCGCAAGUCUAGGUUUAACCCUGAUGAACGCUCCCUUGAGGGGGUACUCAAUGCCUACUGCAUAGCAGGUGUUAUAGAUGAGAGCAAAGAGCAGUUUGAAGAGAUCAGAUCCAACAUGACUGUGCCUAGCAUUAUUGCUUAUUGCAUGAUGUUGUCACUAUAUGCAAGGAACGACAGGUGGGCUGAUGCUUAUGAUCUGCUGGAAGAAAUGAAAGCAAAUCGUGCUAGUAAUACACAUCAAGUCAUUGCUUCCAUGAUAAAAGGGGAGUACGAUAAUAGCUCCAAUUGGCAAAUGGUUGAAUACGUCCUUGACAGCAGUAACUUGGAAGGAUGUGACUACAGCUUACGAUUUUUUAAUUCUCUCCUUGACGUGCUUUGGUGGUUCGGCCAAAAGGCUCGGGCUGCAAGGGUUCUAGAUCAUGCAGUAAGUUAUGGGCUCUUCCCUGAAUUAUCCCGUGACACCAAGCUGGUCUGGUCUCUAGAUGUACAUAGGAUGUCCGUUGGUGGGGCAUUAGUGGCUGUGUCAGUAUGGCUCAAUAAACUUUACACCAGACUAAAAAGAGAGAAAGACCUUCCCCAACUGGCCUCUGUUGUUGUAUUCGUUUUGACUUCCAGGAGGGGGGAAAUGGAGAAAAGCACCGUCACAAGAGGACUGCCGAUCUCAAAAGUCGUGUACUCCUUUCUCAACGACACGCUGUCGGCAUCGUUCCAUUACCCAAAAUGGAACAAGGGGCGAGUCAUAUGCCUGAAGUCCCAGCUGAAAAAGCUGCAGGCGGCCAUAGAUUCCUCGAACGGCGCGGCCGUCCCCGGCUUCGUCCACAUGACGGACUCCCGCCUGCCGUCCCCUGGCUCGAAGGUGUACACCCGGGAGCCCCAGGUGGAGAACGGCUCGGCCCAUGCCCAUUCCACUGCUGAAUCGUUGGUAGAAGAAGAAGAAAAGGAGUCGGAACUCCUCGCGCUGUGA